AUGGCUCACUACGACGUCGCAGUGGUUGGUCUAGGCGUCCUCGGAAGCGGCGCGGCCUACUACGCCGCUCAGAAGGGCGCCAAGGUCAUUGCCUUUGAGCAAUUCGAGCUUGGCCACGUUCGCGGAGCAUCUCAUGACACCUCACGCAUCGUUCGUACUUCUAAUUUCUCCCCUGAGCUUGUCGCCCUUGCCAAAUCAGCCUACCAGGACUGGGCCGAGCUCGAGAAAGCCUCCGGCCAGAAGUUAUUGACCAUCACGGGGGGACUGGUCUUCUUUCCCGAUGAACCUGGCACGCCUGCGCUAGCAAGGGAUUUUACCACAAGCCUCGAUCAGAAUGGGGUUCCUCAUGAGCUUCUCGAUUCGCGACAAGUCAGAGAGCGAUGGCCACAAUUCGAGCUACCCGAAGCCGUGUCAACGGUGUACACGGCUGAUUCCGGUAUUGCGCACGCUUCUCGAACCGUCGGCGCUCUUCAAGCAUUAGCGCGAGCUCAUGGCGCUAUUCUGCGAGAGCAGACCAGAGUGGUCCGUAUAGUUCCAAGGUCUGCGAAUGACAGACGGACUGUCAUCAUUCACACUUCCAAGGGUCAAUUCCAAGCCUACAAGGUCAUUCUUGCCACUGACGCAUGGACCGAUCGACUGCUGAGCCCGCUGGGCACGCACAUCCCAGUGACCAUCAUGCAAGAGCAGGUCACCUACUUCAAACCGACCGACGCAUCCAAGUUUGAACCAGAUCGAUUCCCAGUCUGGAUAUGGAACGGUGCGACCUGCUUCUACGGGUUUCCCUGCUAUGGAGAGCCGACGAUCAAGGCAGCUCGAGAUACUUCGAACAAUUUCAUGACACCCGAACAGCGCACCUAUGUUCACUCACCACAGUUACUCGGAGAACUGUCAGCUUUCAUGAACAAUUUGAUCCCGGAUGAGUCACGUCAACCGCUGCGAACAGUAACGUGCCAAUACACAAUCACGCCAGAGCGACGAUUCGUGAUCAGUCCUUUGGAGUUGCAUCCCGAGAUUAUUGUUGGGUUGGGAGCAGCCCAUGCCUUUAAAUUUGCCCCGGCAUUUGGUCGUGUGCUUGCUGAACUGGCCGUGGAUGGAUUUACCAAGGAAGACAUCUCGCAAUUUGGGAUCCCUGUCUCUGCGGGAGAUCGAAGCAAGCUAUAG